CUCUGUGUGUAAUGUUCCGUUGAUUGACCUUGACUGUUUCUGCAAAUUUUUGAAGUACUUUUUCUAUAGUCGCAGAGGCCAUGUAUAGAUGUUCACUUUUCCUGUCAGUAUUACUAGUUGAUUUGAAAUACUCAUGCGGUACGCUGGUUACGUUGGGUGUACUGUAGUAUUAGGCAUGUGGGCUGUGGAAUUUGGGAGCAUCGCGUCGAUGCAGGACAUCAUGUCGACACUAGUAGAGAGUUAUUAAUCUUUUUUCUCCCAGCAUCUUGACGCCUGACGGGUCUGACAUGUACUAUACGGUCUUGGUGAUGUGCGUAUGUUUAAAUAAGUCGGAUCUGUCUGUUUCCACUGAAAUUGCUACAGUGGGUUUCUUCGGUAUGUCGGUGCACGACAAUAUCUGUAGAAGUUCUUUGCUUCUAUGCACAUAACUUUUAUCAUUUCAAACUGUUGUUGAUGAUGUGACUGAGAAUCGUUCGAAGUGGGACAAAUGGAUUUACUGUUUGUUAUCUCACAUGCUCAAUAAAACCUCUGUAAUUAUUCUUUCUCCCGUGCUCAUUUCUACCGAACCCUCGGCGCCUAAAUAUUACUCAGCCUAUUAUACAGCCUUGACAGGUAAGAGGUAGAUCACAGACACCUAUGAUCAAAGGGAAUUAGCUGUAUCAUUUCUUUCACGUUCAAUGGCUAUGUAUCAUUAUAGUAAUAAAGGAGGACGGAGGGGAGUGUUGUGCAGUGCACACGUCGUUUGUUGACAGCUGGAUAUCACGUGUGCGCCAGAGAGGGCGUGAGUCGGCGAAUGCCACACUAACCUUGUGUAUCCGUUAUGAGAUGUCAUCAGGGCUAAACCCACUGAUGCUGGUGCAAUAUCCCAAUUAAGUGAAGUGGUCGGCACGCUGCACCACUUCACUCACUAUAUCUAAGCCAACUAGGACUCGAUGUAGUUCAGUACUGUAGCAUUGAUACCUCUUCAAAUGACUUCAUUUCGUUACCAGUAGGUUAUUUGAUUCCCCAACCAGUCACUUUGUUACUGCAUUUCUUUUUUCAUUGUAUAACUCCAAUAACUAACUUAUUCAGCAACAAGGUGAACAUCAGCCAAGCGGUAGAGGUGGAAGAGGCGAACGUCGACGUCGUCAAGUUUUUAGUGGUGAAGGUGCUUGUGAGGGUGAGGGUGACAUUGGUACAAGUCGCGGUGGAGCUAGUGUUAUGAUUUAUUGCAGUACGCCAACAAGAAGGAGAGCUGGGAAAUGUAUGAUAUCAUCAUCAUCAUCAGCAGCAGCAGCAGCCAGGUGGGCAGAUCGAAGUGGUUUCUAUCGAUCUCAUGAUUUCCCAUACCAUCAUCAAUACUACCCCAACUACUUCCAGUACUAUCCACAAAUUUUUGUACCUAUUUAUUUAAUUCCUAUCGGUCUGUUUUGUAGUUGUGAUUAUCGUUACUGCUAUCGUAAUUAUUAUAACGUACGUGAACAAUUCCCACAAUCAUCACACAAUCAUUAUUCGCUUGGUUUUUAUAAUACACAAGAACAACAAGGUGGAUAUUAUGGUGAUCGAUAUCAGUACGGUGGAGUUUAUUGUGAUAAUCAAAAUUAUGGUGAUAUAUCAUCAGAUUGUAAAGAAAAUUAUGAUCCUACGAGUAAUAACCAAGUGGAAAUUGAUUUAUCAUCGUCUCUGAAGCAUAUCCAUGUCAAUGAGGACACGACUACUCCUCCUCCUCCUCCUACUACUACUACUAAUAAUAAUACUACUACUAUAAUAAUAAUAUCAACAAUGACGAUAACAACAACAAGAACAACAACAACGAUUACUACUACUACUAUUGCCAAUAUAGAUCAUCAAAAAGGUCUUGAUGUGACAUAAUUGUGCCUACAAGGUCAGUAAACUAUCGUUAGACUUGUAGUAGCGUCUACUUGUAGUUCUUUCAAAAUAUUUCAACCAGUGAUCAACGAUGCAUCGUUUUUGUUGCAUUUCAUUUCAUUGCUCAUCGACACAUACACAUAAGAUACAGACGUCAAGGUUUCUUGUUGUGUUAUAUUUUCUUUUGGCGAGGUAUUUUCAUUUCUGAUAUUAAAAAAUUUAUUAUUACUACUAUUAUUAUUAUUAUUCCUAUUUUGUUUAAUAAGAGUUUGUUUUUGUCUAUUCAUUUUUUGUUAAUAUCGUUGAAAUGGUUCACCAGACAAUUCAUCAAUCAUGUGUUUCUCUUUCUACGUAAGAAGACUUUUUGUCAAUAACGACGAAAAUCCGAACACUGGAUACACGAUAGAUUUUGUAUUCCGGUAGUUAUCAUGAGUUCUGUAAAUCUUGUUGACAGGGCACUAAACCGAGUGAGUGAUGUGUAUCACUCGUACGUACAAUUGUGUUUAUUUACAUAUUCGUUAUUGACAUUGAUAUUUUUGUACACCUUGUUCUUUUUCUGACAAUCUUCAUGGAGAAAAAAUUGCGUUCACGUUUUG